AUGGAGCUAUUGCGUUGUAAAGAACUCUCUCGGAAAUACGAAUCAGUUUCGUAUUCUGAGAGUAGCUAUCGCGAGAGUAACAACGAAACAAUGACUGCAAGAAAAGAAUGGAGGAAAGAUGAGACAUUUAAAUUAAUAACUAUGUACGAGGUAAAUACAAUAUUGUGGAACACGAAGGAUUUGGAUUAUAAAAACAAAGAAAAAAAAAACAAGACCCUACGGCAAAUCAGCACACAUUUUCAAUGUUCAGUAGAAGAGGUACAACGAAAAAUUCACAAUUUACGGAAUCAGAUGUCACAAGAAUUAAAAAAAACUAGUAAGAAGAAAAGCGGGAAUGGGAUCGAUAAGAUGAAUGGUUCGAACUGGCCGUAUUUUGCUUCUUUAAAAUUUUUAAUUCCAAUAUUUUCGAAAGAUGCGACUCAGGCGACAUGUACACAGUCAUCAAUGACUAUAGAGGAGAAAACUACCAGAGAAGAGGAAGAUACAAGUGCGGACAAUGAAAAAAAUGAGGAUAGAAUAAAAGAACCAACGCAAUUACCGAGGAAACGUAAACGCGAAGACGAUUUUGACGAAAAACUUUAUAGUUCGGUUUUAAAAUUCUUUUUAAAGGAACCAGACGAUUUUGAUAAAUUUGGCCAAUACGUGGCGUUGGAAUUGAAAAGCCUUAAAUCAGAUUUUAAUAAAGCUAAAUUAAAAAGCGAAAUACGAAAAGUGAUUGUUCGUAUUGCGGACGAGGAUAUGUAUAAUAAUGUUUCAAGUACAUCAUCUGCUUCUACGCCAAUGGCAUCUCCUACUGUUCGGUCAGAAACAGUGUUAAAUCAAUCAAUCUUGCCAUGAUUGUGAACAUAGACGUGUAUAGACAGAUCUCAAAUAGUGAUUGGAUCGAUACCGAUACUAUUGAUGAUAUUCAAUCGAUUCAAUACCAAAGUAAUCAAUGGGAAGAAUUGAUACAUAUUGAAAUUUUAUGUACUUGGUAUCAAAUUUUCGAUACUGAUACUUCUUAAAUCGAUAUUAAAUCGAGAAGUGUUUACAUCAAAUCAAUAACCGUUUGAUACCUCAUGAAAGUAUCAAUAUUCAUCUGAUACCUCUGUUGGUAUCGAUAAAUAAAUAAAGAGUGACCUUGAAAAUUUAACGAAUGGACAUUUAAAAAAGAAAAAGACAAAAAAUGGCUCAUAUUUAAAUUUUCAUACGAGUAUCGCAUGGAUAAUCGAUAUUUUUAUAGAAGUAUCAAGCGGAUAUCGUUACUUAGAUACUAUUCGAUACGACGUUGUAAUUAGUAGAUUGAUAUCGAUAGUAUUGAUUUAGUAUCAGUCUGAUCAUUUAUCUCAAAUGGACAUGGUUUUGAACGUUAUGUUUGAUAGUAAGCUCUCGGCGAGCAUGCCAGUGGCAAUUUAAGAAUAAAAAUUCUCGUUCUCAUACGGAAAAAAAAGCAAUUGUAAAAAAAUUGUCGAAUGAACACUAUACGGUAGUCAAUUUUAGAACACUCAUAUAUUAUACAUACAUAUAUAUGUAGAUAUAUUUAUAUGCAAUAAACGUCUAUAUUUA